AGAUCCCCUUCCUGCGGUCACCGUGACAGCCAGCGCAUUGUCUCGCGGGCUACGGGAAAGGGACCAGGACAUCAACACCGUGUACCAUUUGCUUGCUGGCUACGGAAGGAAUAUUAACAACAACUGUUAGAAACAAAUAUUUGAAAACCAUGGGCAACAGAGAUGAUGAAUACGAUUUCUUGUUCAAAGUGGUGCUGAUCGGAGACUCCGGCGUGGGGAAGAGUAACCUGCUGUCUCGUUUCACACGGAACGAGUUCAACCUGGAGAGCAAGAGCACCAUCGGGGUGGAGUUUGCCACCCGCAGCAUCCAGGUGGACGGCAAGACCAUCAAGGCCCAGAUCUGGGACACGGCCGGCCAGGAGCGCUACAGAGCCAUCACCUCCGCGUACUACCGAGGGGCUGUAGGGGCUCUGCUGGUGUAUGACAUCGCCAAGCAUCUGACCUAUGAGAACGUGGAGCGCUGGCUGAAGGAGCUGCGGGAUCACGCUGACAACAACAUCGUCAUCAUGCUGGUGGGCAACAAGAGUGACCUGCGUCACCUCAGGGCCGUGCCCACGGACGAGGCUCGCGCCUUCGCAGAGAAGAACACUCUGUCGUUCAUUGAAACUUCGGCCCUGGACUCCACCAAUGUAGAAGAGGCUUUCAAGAACAUUCUAACAGAAAUCUACCGGAUCGUGUCACAGAAGCAGAUAGCUGACAGAUCUGCACAUGACGAAUCACCAGGCAACAAUGUAGUGGACAUCAGUGUUCCCCCGACCACCGAUGGGCAGAAAGGCAACAAGCUGCAGUGCUGCCAAAACCUGUGACACUCACCAUUCCUGUGACUCCUCCCCACCACACUCCCAUUUCACUCCUUUUCCUCAUCCUGUCUCCUCCCACUCUGUCUUUGUUCCUGUAUAUGCCGACGCCCACGUUUUCCGUCAGUGUAGACUUACUUUUUUGUCACUUUUGAACUCGAUGAAUAUGUGCUCUUCUGCCAUGAAGUGAAACUUACAAAAAAGCCUUUUGUGUCACGUUAUCAAGUCAUUCCUGGACCUGACGUGAAAGUUCCUGCAGGUUAGGAAAGAAUGAGGCAUCUAUUGUCCGUGAAAUCGAUCGAGCUGUGCUUUAGGAUUACUGUGUAUUUGUAGAAGCUGGAACAUUUCAACAAUAGCCACUAGAUGGUGCUGUGUACAUAGCAACUUGCAGUAGCUUGAAAUGGCAGUAUUACAAUGGUAUAUAUGCAUUGGUCUAAAAAACAAGGCUCAAACAUUUCUCGCUUAUGAUGGUAAAAGCAAAUUUCUGUGUAUUUAUUCAUAUAUAUUUGUCUUCACUUGUCAUUGUUUUAUGUUCAUUAUGCACUGUAAAAAAUUUACAAUAAACUCCUAGACAAAGUAGCCAAUGUGUUACUUUUGAGAGAA